AUGGGGGCCUCUGACUUGGAAGAGGUCCUUGAGAACCUAGAAGACUUCAUGGAGAAGAUUGGUUUGGGAGAGAAGUUGGAAGACGAGGAAGAUAUGGAGGCCUUUUAUGCCAAGGCUGCAGCUGCAGCUGAGCAGAUUCAGGUGACGAACCGUCCGAGUCUUCAUUUGAACUCCAGCGAACGCGAGGAUUUGUGGCAUUUCUGGUCUCUCCGCCGCCCCGGCGUGGAGCUCUACCGCGCCUUUGACGCGCGCGUCGCGGAGCUCGCGGAGCCCGCUGCGGCCGCUGGGACGGGCUCCUUGGAGGAGCGGCUCUCCACGGAGCUGCGAGCGCGGCUGGAGGGAGAUCUGCAAUAUUUGGUGGUGAUGAGGGAGUACCAUGCGCUGCAUCUUCCUCGCUUGCCUUCUUUGGAGUCGUCGAACGGUACGUGGACCUUCUGCGGCGGCUCGGAGGAGUGGCUCCGCCGCGCCGACGGCGCCGCAGCGCCGGUGCCGCUGCCGCCCCUGGAGCGGGCGGUGAAACGCACCAUGCAGGAGGCGAUCCUGGGAGGACAACCGCGUGGGGCGCGGUUUUUGGAGACCUAUCUGGCCAUGGAGCGCUUUCACCCAGAGGACCUUCCGGACUCUCCCUGUGAGGUGGUGAAUGUCUCCAAGCAGGCGGUCCUUCAGGCUGUCCGAGCUGUGGCUGGUGCUGCCGGAUUGCCGGACUGGAAUCGUUCCUUUGACGAUGCGCCGGUGCCCUUGGCGAUCACACCCGAGUCGCUGCAGAAUCGUUCAGAAGUGGUGAAGCAGGUGAGAAGGUACUUCGAUCUCAUGGCCAACACUCGAGUGGCUCAAGCAGACAAGUAUUUUGGCCACGUGCUCUUCGGAUUGCUCUUGAGCCGUGUCUGCCAACGCUUCGACUUGCUGCAAGAAGCGCAGCUGCUGUCCUCCGACCUCGAGUCACAGCGAGCCCUUUUGGAGUCGCUCCCGGCGGAGCAGGUGCAAAGCCGCUUGGAGAAUCGGCUUUUGGAGGCCUUCGUGCAGCGGUUGGGAUCCCAAGGCAUGGCAGAUCACUUGGUCCUCCAGCCGGAGCAAUUGCUGGCGGUGCGCCGGCACACGGAUCACAUUUUUGGGCGUGGCCUGAGGGAAGAGAUCUUCGUGCCUCUGUCCAGGGCCUCGCGCUUGGGUGCCCAGCAGGGCUUGCGCGCCGCUGGGCCGGGGCUGUGUGCUGAUCAGCUGGAGCAGAGCGCCGUGGAGGGCAGGCUGCGCAUGCUCUCGCUCAACGCGAUGGCGGCGGAGCGUUUGGCUUGGCAUGGCUUGGUGUUUGGUGCUUUGCUCGGCCAGCAUGAGCUGGCACAACGCCCAGGGGGGGAAAAGCGCAGCCGCAGCCGAGUAGGGGAAGCUGCCUGGGUCUCUCCCCUGGCUUUGAAGACCAAGAAGUUGAAGCGUGAGUGGCACGGAACUGGACUGUUCCACUUUCAUUCCUGCGAUUACUAGCUGCACGAGCUCUGGCUACGUUGUAGUUGGACCGUCUUGGACUGGAAACCUUCCCUCAUUGGCUGAAUCAUCCGCAUUUAUAUAUAGUACUCAGAUCUGCUAAGCCUAGUCGAUGAACCUUG